AUGGCGCACCCGCCACCUUCCUGGCCCCCGCCCCGCCUGGCUCGCAAUGUGAUGCAGAUGGGCCCACAAGGCAAGAUACACGAGGCGCUGCAGAAGUGGGCGGCCAAGUACGGCCCCGUGUUCAAGUACUUCCUGGGCAGGAGGCCCUGCAUCGUGAUCACUGACCCGGACCUGGUGCGGCAGAUCUGCGUCAAGCGCUUCAUUGACUACCACGACCGCAGCGUGCCUACGCUGGAGAAUGGCGCCGCCUGCGACAACCACUUCCAAAACAGCGGCAUCCUGUUUUCCAGGGGAAAGUAUUGGCUGGGCAUCCGCACCGCAUGCGAGCCUCUGUUCCACAGCGCAGCGCUCGCCAGCUACGCGCCGAUGAUGAACCAGGCGAUUGACGAGCUGGUGGGCAAGAUGCAGGCGGCAGCGGUCAGCGGAGAAGGCAUCUGCGUCAGCGAGCUCCUAAAAGCCAUGAGCAUGGAUGUGAUCGGCACCACAGCUUUUGGGGUCGAGUAUGGGGCGCAGAAGGAGGGCAGCGGCAGCACGCUGGUCAAGGCGGCAGAGGCGAUGUUCACUCCCAUGGCGGGCCUGCCGUUUUGGGCCGCCAUCCUGUCGUUUGCAGUGCCAGACCUGAGGCGUGUGUGGUACCGCCUGGCCCUGCUGCUGAACCCAAAAACGAUUAACCAGAUAGUUGCAGACCGCCGUUACCUGUGGGGGGCAUCACAAGCCUUGCUGGACAGCGCCCGCGAGCAGGCAACCGCAGCAGGGGCGCCGGCAGGAGGGCAGGGCCCGGGUGUGGCCGAUGGGCUGCGGAGCAGCGGGGAGGAGGGAGCCAAGGUGGCGGUGGAGUCUGCCGCUUUCCAGCAGGCCUACAAGACAUAUGUGGCUCAGGUGCCGCCUGAGACCAGCAUCGUCAGCAGACUCAAGGAUGCGGUGAACAAGCAGACGGGGAAGCAGCUCUCUGAUCUGGACAUCUGCGCUCAGGCAGCGUUCCAGGAGUCUAUGCGCCUCUACCCGCCAGUCUCUUCCCUGAUUGUCCUGUUGCGAGAGGCGGGGCAUGGAGGCGUAGACCUGGACCUCACUGGCGGCAGCCGCAGGAGCCUGGCCACGCCAGCAGCGGGGCCCACCAGCGUGUUCAUUCCAGGCGAGCUGCUGCCGCUGGGGUGCAUUGGGUCACGGUGCGGCGCCGCCUGCGUGCAGUUGAUGUACAACUGCCGUGUCAUGUUCAACAUCUGGACGCUGCACAGGGAUCCUCGUUAUUGGGAAGCUCCGGAGGAAUUCAGGCCCGCACGCUUCCUGCCAGACGAGGCGGCCAGCCACCACCCUGGAGCGUACUUCCCCUUUGGCCUGGGGCCCCGCAGAUGCGUGGGCUGGCGGUUUGCGCUGGAGGAGGGCGUGCUGUGCCUGGCCCGCAUCUUCCAGCGCUUUGAGCUGCGCCUCGACGCCGAGCGCCACACCGGGCCGCUCGACCUGCGCAGCAGCGUGACGCUGGCGCCGCCCAAAGGCAUCUGGCUGAAGUACUAUGUGGUGGGCGUGGAUGGCCGCAAGGCUGCCGUCCUGGCCUCAUGUUCCAUGUACAGCGUGCACGGCGCGCUGUCGGCGCUGGGUGGCUACCAGCAGCUGCUGGCCUGGCCCUCCUUCCAAGUCGACCUGCCCAACACGCCGCAGCAGAAGCUGCUCAACGAGUUCUCUCUGGGCUACAUGGCAGCAGACAUGCUCUUCUUCCUCCUACCCUUCACGCCAGACGACCAUGAACACAUACUCCACCACACAAUCUCCUCCAUCUACCUCGUGGGCUGCCUGCUGCACCACCACGGCGCCAUCGGCUGCAUCAUGAUGUUCUUCCUGGCGACGGUUACCUCCCCUGUCUUCAGCGUCUUCACCAUUGCAAAGGAGUUGCGCCACCACAGCAAGGCAGCCCUCCAGGUCUUCACGUUCACCUCCCCGCUCUUUACAGUCGCCUUCAUCAGCGUACGCUCCGUGAUGGCACCCCCAGUGGUUGCCUGGUUUGUCUUUACACUCUGGUUCAGGAGCUCGCUCAUCCCCGGCCCCUGGCGCUUCGUCAUGGGAAGCUGUGUGUUGCUGGGCAUGGUGGUAUCUCAGAUUUGGUCUCACCGCCUGCAGCGCAGCUACGCCAAGCGGCGGCGCCACGCUUCACGGCUGGCUGGCGGCGGCGUUGCGGCCGGGGAGGUGAAGAAGGCGGACUGUGUGGAUGCGGUGAACAAGCAGACGGGGAAGCAGCUCUCUGAUCUGGACAUCUGCGCUCAGCUCUUCACCUUCCUGCUGGCUGGCUACGAAACCACCAGCCUGGCGCUGUCGUACGCGCUGUACCUGCUGGCGCAGCACCCCGAGCACCAGCGGCGCAUCCAGGAGGCAAGCGGCGGACGGGGCCCUGCUGAGGUGGAUGCCUUGGGGCAGCGUGAGCUGGUUUAUGAGGACCUGGCAAAGCUGCCGUACACAGAGGCAGCGUUCCAGGAGUCUAUGCGCCUCUACCCGCCAGUCUCUUCCCUGAUUGUCCUGGUGAGCUGGCGCGUGGGCAGGGACUUCAGCCCUGCACGUUGCUGA